AAAAUAAAAGGCAGGCUACUUUGUUUUCUUUUACUCUCAGGUUUAAUGUUAAUCGUAUUCAGUCCCAUAUGGCCCUUAAACUAAAAUAAUCCAUUGCGAAAGUAGCGCCCGAUGUUUUAUCAUCCUGUCGACCGUAUUCUAAUUGCUCUCUUCCUGAAAUUUGUCCAAUUUGAUGCUACUUUUACUGACAGAACUAGUCGAAGUAGUCGUCAGUCAUUCAGUGAAAUCCCAAUGAAUAUUUCUAUCGGGUCAAAUCGUUUCCAGGGGUCACAGAGCGCACGAUUGGCGCACCUCACAGUGAUGCAAAAUAGAGGAAUGUGAUCUAUAUUUACAAUUUUAAGUAAUAAUUACAAAGUUAUGCAUAUCAUUGAGUAGUUGGAGCACUUAAAAUGAAUUAAGCUGUUGCCUAUUAUUAAGUAUUGUUCAAAAAUAAAAUCCUGGCGUGCCUGUUAAAUCGAAUAAUUACUGUUCUCUUCUCUGAUUGGCUGAGAGGCUGUUGUGAAAUGUCAGAUAAUUGCAGGCACCUGUGGUAUCAUGACGGUUAAUUUAAAUAUGAAUAUGCAGAAUAAAACGCCAGCUGUUGAGUUACUCCGGAUAUACUGUUCUGCUUGGCGCAAAAAUAAUAUCUAAUUGUAGAACUUAAUUAACCAUAAAUUAAAUUAUAUAUUUUUAAAUCCGCUUCCUGGCACAUAACAACUCCAAUUAGUUGGUUUAAAAUCAGUGUAAAACCGCCGCCCUUUGUGGAUUAUUGGUUUAAUUUAUGUGGAAGAACUGUAAGAAACAUAACCUCACCAACUAUUAUGAAGCAGUGCACAAACUGGAAGCACAUGCUCGUGUGUAUAUGCGCGCGAGCUGGGUGAGUGAUGGUGAACUUGGCCUCGUGUUUAAUGAGUAUUAGGCAGGUCCAGGUCUCCACGACUCAACCCUGGAAAAUAACGCAGCGUGACAAAUUAGAGCUUUUCUGAGUCCCAAAAUUCACACACGGCCCAACUGGAAGGCUGGCACAUCGGUUCAACUCCCACAUUGAAGGAUCAGCGGCAGUAUGAACCUGGGCCUGGGCUGCGUGUGUCGGCCGGUUUGCUGGCCUUUUGGCAGCUUGUUGGACUCCAGACACUGUGUCUUUGCCCUCACAAUCCUCACACUCCUCAUGCAGGUGGUAGUUGAGGCCAACUCAUGGUGGUCUUUGGCCAUGAACCCUUUACUGAUCCCAGAGGCCUACAUCAUCGGUGCCCAGCCUCUGUGCAGCCAGCUGGUGGGCCUGUCGCAGGGCCAGAAGAAGCUGUGCCAGCUCUACCAGGACCACAUGCAGUACAUCGGUGAAGGUGCCAAGACAGGCAUAAGAGAGUGCCAAUACCAGUUCAGGCAUCGGCGCUGGAACUGCAGCACGGUGGACAACUCCUCUGUUUUUGGACGGGUCAUGCAAAUAGGCAGCCGAGAAACAGCGUUCACUUACGCUAUCAGUGCAGCAGGGGUGGUGAACGCAGUGAGCCGUGCCUGCAGAGAGGGGGAGCUGUCCAGCUGUGGGUGCAGCCGUGCAGCUCGCCCCAAAGACCUGCCGCGAGACUGGCUGUGGGGCGGCUGCGGAGACAACCUCAACUACGGCUACAGGUUCUCCAAGGAGUUUGUGGACGCACGCGAGAGGGAGAAGAGCUACCCCAAAGGCUCAUAUGAGAGCGCCCGGCUAAUGAUGAAUAUCCACAAUAACGAGGCUGGAAGGAGGACGGUGUCAGACCUUGCAAACGUGUCAUGCAAGUGCCACGGUGUGUCAGGAUCCUGCAGCCUGAAGACUUGCUGGCUGCAGCUGGCUGACUUCCGCAAGGUGGGCGAUGCACUGAAGGAAAAGUACGACAGCGCCGCUGCCAUGAAGCUCAACACGCGUGGGAAGCUGGUGCAGAUGCACAGCAAGUUCAACGCGCCCACAAGCCACGACCUAGUGUACAUCGAAUCCAGUCCAGACUACUGCCUGAAGAACCAAAGCACAGGCUCCCUGGGCACAGUGGGGCGCCUUUGCAACAAGACCUCAGAGGGCAUGGAUGGGUGUGAGCUGAUGUGCUGCGGCCGUGGUUACGACCAGUACAAAGCCCAGAUAGUGGAGCGCUGUCACUGUAAGUUCCACUGGUGCUGCUACGUCAAGUGCAAGCGCUGCACCAAAAUCGUAGACCAAUUCGUCUGCAAGUGAGAAGAGGAGUGCUGCAUGUGUAUGUUUGCUUGCAGACGAUGGGCAUACAUCUGUGUGUAAUUGUGAGCGGAGGAGCAACAGGAGUUGAACACAGAGAGAGAAUGGAAGAAAGAAACUAUAUAAAUUAUAUUUAUAGAGUUAAACAAUUAUGCCAUUGCAAAAAGACUGACUUUUUUUUUUCAAAAAAAAAAAUCUUAUGUCUUCAGAAACUGAGAGUAUCGUGAAAUAUUUAUUUUGAGAUUGUUAUGUUUUAUUUUGGCCCAGUCCAUCACCAGCCGAUUUUAACCCAUUCAAGUGCCUACAACUGGCUGGAAAUGUCGCCCCACCCGACCCCCUCCCCUUUUUAAUAUCCGAAAACACCAUUUUUCUUGUCAGAUGGGUUACACUGAUGGCAGAAUUGGACUGCGCUUCCAAUUUCCUAAGAAGAGUAGUGUUUGAUAUUUGUGGCAUAGUUGACUAAAAGGUCUUGGUUUGUUGUUCGAGAAUCACUGUGUUGAGAGGAGAACGCCUGUGUGCUGUAGUGUAUGGAUGUGUUUUUAUGGGCCCAGUCCCAAACCAGCCUUCACAUCCUAACCGAAGUCUACUCGUCCUCCCUUACCACAUGUAGAGUAAGGAACACUGUCGGUUCGAACGAGUAUUUGGAGUACAAUGGGUACAAUAUGAGGGCUGUUUUGGGGAUUGGGCCAUUUAUUAAGCUGUCCGAGAAGCCUUAAAGUUCCCCAGGUGCUGCAACAAGCCCUCCACCAUUAUGCACUUUGUUACAGAGGCUUAAACCUGUCUGUGCGUGUCUGUUCAGCUGUUUAUUUUUACUACAGUGCAUCAGCAAGUAUAUCAAUAUUAUAGCCUACAUUCUUUUCCAUAUUAAAUCAGAUUAUCCAUUUAACAUUAUUCUACAAUACUUAAUAUGGUUGAAUAUAUAUGGGCAAUGUUGUGGUUACAGUGGUGAAAUAUUCCAUGCUGUGUAUAUAGUAUGUCUAUCCAACCAAUCAGUAAACUGUAUUUAUUUUCUUUAACCAGAUCCUUUUCUAAGCUUAAACAGAAAUGCAUCAUCUCCAUUAUAGAUAAAUAUUAAGUCAGACAUCAAGUUUUGAAGUCACUUUUUAAAAUUGUGUUCUCACUAAUGCGGCUCUUCACUGUUUUUUAAAGGGAAAUGCACCUUAUUGUUUCGACACACAAAUUCUUUAUUCUCACUCAUGUUCAGCUUUACACACACAUAUAUAAAUAUCACAGAUGUUCAGAUUUUUUAUCAUCACCACAGAUUUCCAGUACCACUCAGUUAACUGCUCACUAUCCCUGUGAUGAUUCUCGAUAGAAAAAAUAUUUCUACCAAUCCAAAUAUGUAUAUUUAUAAGCUUCUCCAUGAAUUUGAGGUUUGUUAAACGUAAUGUGUUAUAGCUGAUAUUUUGUUACUUUUUACAAAUUGGCUCAAUGCUCUACUUUGUUUCAAUAAAUAUCAAAUGUAAAACCAGCAGAGAAGUAUUUACU